CUCAGACAGAAAUGACUAAUUUAAAUUGAAAAGUGGAUUUUAAUACAAAACUCAACAUAAAAAUCUUUACUUGUAGGAAUUAACUAAUAUAUGACAAUAAUAUUCAAAGUGAAAAGGAUGCCUCAGUCACUGAACAGAAAAGCAUUCAUGACAACCAACAACAUACCAUUUGGCAAAGGCUCCCUGAGUAGUACAAUCCUCGAUACAGUUUUACGUCACAAGCAACACAUUGAUAAAAUCAACGAGCGAGAAAAUAAACGCCUUGAGAACUUAAUGAAGUUAUUUGACCAGAAGAAACAAACUCUGAAUUAUCAAACUGAGAGAAUGAUACGAGGGAUAAACAAAGACAUCAAGGAAUUAGAAGCCUAUCAAAAGGUGUUAGAAUCCUACAAAGCUGACAAAAUGAAGACAUUAGAGUUUGGGUUUGAUCGGUCCAAAUAUCCCAAAACUCCAAAAUCACAACGUAGACUUAAGUUUGAGACACGGAUUUACCAUGCUGGACCAUCCUUAAAGGUCCUUUAUCCUGAGGUACUGGAAUGCAUCGAGAGAGAAAAUCCAGUGCAUAAACGACAGAGAAAAGCACACGCAUUGUAUGAGAGGGCUAAGGUGAUCAGCGAUUUUCAAAUUGAUAGAAGAAUAACCAAUGAGGCUUUGAGAAAGGAGACUAAACAAUCAGAAAAGCCUGUUCGACCAUGGUCGCAUGUAGAGUGAACAAUGUGAAUCUCCUGCUUCUCAUUAAAACAACCAUUUAAAUCCCGACUAUUGGGGGGGGAAAUAUCACAUUAUCUCGAAAAAACUGUGUUAUAAUAAUCACAAAAUUUUAAGAAAAUUGCAAAAAUUCAUUGCACUUUUUGGAAAAUCCACAAAAUUCUGAGAAUUAAUUGUGCACACCAUUAUAGUUUUAUUGUAUUUUGGGUUUUAUUUCAUAAAAUAUUUAUCAAAUAUGUAACCAUAGUAAAUUAGUAAUUUGGUUGCAGUUCUGGAUUGGACAAUAGAGACGUUUCGAUCUAAGUUAUUUGGAACAUGUACACAAACCUGUACUUCUACAAGUCAGGUAUAGAACUGGGGAGGAACUCAAAUCACAACAAAAUAUUUGGCAAGUAUGUACAUGUAGUUCAUGAAUUCCAUUU